AUGUUCACAAUACACGGCCUGUGGCCAUCAAACAGAACCUAUUCUCAGCCACGUGAAUGCAGUCAUGAUCCUCUUCAGCUGAGGGCAGUGUCGCCUAUAAAGGUUGAGUUAGAAAAUUUUUGGCCAAACUUAGAGGGGAUGAGAGUGAUCGAUGGGUUUAUUUUUUGGUCAAAGCAGUGGAAAUUACACGGGACUUGUUCAUCAAUGAAUGCGCCAGAGUUCUUUAAUUUAGCAUUACAAAUUUACCAUAAAAAUAAGCUCAAGAUUAUCCUUGAUUUGAAUGGUAUUAAACCUGGUGGUACAAAGAAAGAAAAGAUCAGGGAUAUAUUCAAUGCCAUAGGGAAGGGUAUUGGCAAAAAACCACAGAUUCUAUGCAAAAUGUGUUAUUUACUUGAAAUUAGAGUUUGUUUGAAUAAAGUCAGUGUCGAUUAUAUAGAUUGUACCGGUCAACUUACUAUCAAUUGUCCGGUUGAAGUAUAUUUCCCGUAA